AUGACUCGCGGGCGCAGGAAAGACCUCACCAUCCCCCCUUCUCGCGCCCUCCUCCAGCAGCGCGACUACCGCGCUCGCAAGGCCCGUUACGUGGCUGAGCUCGAAGACCGCUGCCAGCGACUCGAGCAGGACAACAGCCAGCUCAGAGAGCAGGUCGACAUGCUCCAAGCAAAGCUAUGCUCCGCUGGCAACUCUUCCGGACUACCCCCGAGCGCCAAUUCCGAAGUCGUGCGCACAUCCUCCUUCUCUCGGACGCCCAGCUCGUCUGACCCCUUUGCCCACCGGCACCUGCAGAUUGCCGCUUCUUCAGAGCUUAUGCACCAGCUCACCGGCGCUGCCACGUCGCUCGCCCGCUUUCAGCAGGUUGCAUUCAGCAAUGGCAGCUUCGGAACAACCACGGCCGCCCCACCCCCGCAGAUGAUGCCACACAGCCCCAUCCCUCUCGCUACACCUUCUUUCACCCCCUCCCCUGUACCUUUCCCUGGCCGCAGGCUCCCCUCGCCCCGCCCGGGCCCCCGCCUUGAGCACGCCACCUUCACGAGCCCGCUCCGCCACGACACGCACCGCGAGCCGUAUACUUCCACCUCGACCUACCCGCAUCGUGCGCCACCCAUGAGGACCAUGGACUCCCCGCCUGCUACCAGUGUGUAUUCCGAGUCGUCCGAGUGCUGCGACGGCUAUGUCGACUGCCGCGGGUUGGUCGAGGAGGACCACGACGGGCAGUCGGACGAGGAGGACAGUCCCCAGUCCACCCCCAUCAUGCAGCACUUCGCGCCGCGCACCUCUGACAUGCGCUCUACCUCGGAGGAGGACAGCGCCAUGCCGCGCGCCGGAAGGUCUCGCUGA